AUGUCGAGCUUUGACUCUUCCUAUAUAAAGAAAGCUCCAGACAAAGAGACCCACCACCCCAAAUUCGCACGGGACCUACAACAAAGGGAGGCAUCUCCGAUGGGUGAUCUUGGCAACACAGGCGAUGAUCCUUUGCGUGUAUUCGUGUUCAUUCGUUCAUACGCCUCGCGCUAUGAUAUCGCCUGUGUUUUCAGACACGAGAACUUCCCCGGCUCCGAUAUGGAGAUCAAUGCUCCGCCGCUUCCUCUGGUCACGCCGAGUGUCCUAACUUUAGCAGAAACUGGUGGGCACGAGACCGAUCGGCUCGCUUUGUUGGAAUUUAAGGCUCGAAUAGCCGAUCCCGGCGGUUUUUUGAGCUCGUGGAAUGAUACUAGCCACUUCUGCGAGUGGUAUGGCAUCACGUGUGGUCGUAGACACCGAAGAGUCACCGUAUUGGACCUACACUCCAAGCACCUCUCUGGGGUCGUGGCACCCCACAUUGGUAACCUGAGCUUUUUGAGGGAAGUCUAUCUGCAAAACAACAGUUUUCGCUCCGAAAUUCCCCCGCAUUUCGGCCGCUUGUUUCAGUUGCAGAAUUUGUUCCUUCAGAACAAUUUGUUGAGCGGACAAAUCCCUUCAAAUCUCUCCUAUUGCCCUAAUUUGCUCAUUCUUCAGUUAGGUGAAAACAUGCUCGAAGGAAACUUGCCUGCGGAACUCGGCUCCUUAUUCAAGCUGCAAAUACUUGUACUUCAAGUGAACAACUUGAUGGGAGACAUUCCGCUGUCAUUUGGAAACUUAUCCUCUCUUCAAGUCCUUGCAAUAGCAUCAAAUAAUCUCCGUGGUAAGAUCCCAGAGACUCUCGGCCAGCUGAGAAAUCUAAACAUCCUCGCUCUUGGCGGGAAUAAAUUUGUCGGUAUGAUUCCUAUCUCAAUCUUCAAUAUAUCUACCGUGACAAUCCUAGAUGUGAUUGGAAACCAAUUAGAGGGGGGUUUACCUAGCGAUUUAGGCUUCAAUCUUCCAAAUCUCGAGAGAAUCGGUUUGAGUAACAACCACCUCACUGGACCCAUUCCUGAGUCAAUAUCCAAUGCCUCGAAUCUCAAUCUCAUCGACAUCGUGUUCAACAACUUUAAAGGGAAAGUUCCUUCUUUCUCAUUGAUGAGAAGACUCCGCUGGUUUGAUAUUGGCGAAAACAACUUAGGAAGUGGCCAAUAUGCUGAUCUAGACUUCCUCUGCUCUUUAACCAAUUCCACAAACUUGGAAAAAUUGAUUAUAGAGGUUAAUGCUUUUCGAGGACCAAUACCCCACUGUAUCAGUAACCUCUCUAUCACCCUUUCGGAUUUUGGGUUAACUGACAACCAUAUUUCUGGAACCUUACCUUCUGGAAUCGGAAAUCUCAUUAAUUUGGAGACCCUAUCAAUGGAUGGCAACAACAUCUCAGGAAACAUUCCUUCCGAGAUUGGAAAUCUAAACAAAAUGAAUAUUAUGGAUCUUAGCCGAAAUAAUUUCUCGGGGCAGAUACCAGAAUCUAUCGGGAAUUUAAGGAUGUUAACCAAAUUGCUCUUGUUUGGCAAUAAUCUCCGUGGCUCGAUACCAUUGUCUCUAGGAAACUGCCAAAAUCUACUUCUCUUGGACCUUUCGACCAAUUACCUCAGCGGUAACAUACCCACGGAAAUUGUGGGCCUCUCAUCUUUGUCGAUUUAUCUCAACUUGUCUCAAAAUAAUCUUACCGGCUCUUUUCCAGAAGAAGUUGGAAAAUUGCAAAAUCUCGGGGAAUUACGUCUUAAUGGGAACGGAUUAUCUCAACAUAUCCCAAGCAGUAUCGGAAGUUGUAUAUCCAUGGAACGCCUCUAUAUACAGGAUAACUUUUUUGAAGGGUCCCUACCAUCGACUAUGAGUUCCAUGAGAGGCCUUCAAAUUUUGAAUGUUUCUAAUAAUCAAUUGUCCAGCCAAAUCCCGGAAUAUCUAGAGUCACUGAAUCUAACGAAUUUGAGCCUAUCUUACAACAAUUUCGAGGGUGCAUUGCCUACAGGAGGAGUUUUCAGAAGUGUCAUUUCAACUUCAGUUGUUGGAAACAAGAAGCUUUGCGGGGGUCUGCCAGAUUUUCAAUUACCAAAAUGCGAUUACAAAGAGUCAAAACGGACGAGAAUAAGCGGAACCGCAAAAAUUCCGAUAUCCAUAAUCUUUGCUCUUGUAGGAGUAGCAUGCAUAAUGUCUUUGUUGUACUUCUUUUGGUGUAGACACAAUAAGAACGCAUCAUCUUUAAGUUCUUUUGAAGAUGGGCUUUUGCAUGUUUCUUAUCAUAGUCUAUUGAAAGCAACGGGUGGAUUCUCCUCCACCAAUCUACUCGGCGUGGGAAGUUUUGGGUCUGUGUACAGAGGGUUUCUUAAUCAGACUCAGUCGAUCGUGGCCAUCAAGAUUCUCAAUCUUACACGUCAAGGAGCUUCCAAAAGUUUCAUAGCCGAGUGCGAGGCCUUGAGAAGAAUUCGGCACCGUAAUCUCGUGAAGGUACUCACGGCAUGUUCUGGGUUUGAUUUUAAUGGAAAUGAUUUCAAGGCACUGGUCUAUGAAUUCAUGUCGCAUGGGAGCUUGGAUGAAUGGUUGCACCCAACUGCAUCGCAAUAUAUAGCAAGAAGCAAGUUGAGUCUACUUGAAAGAGUGAAUAUUGCAAAUGAUGUCGCUUGUGCAAUAGAUUAUCUCCAUCAUAACUGUGAAACGCCAAUAGUUCAUUGUGACCUAAAGCCCAGCAAUGUCCUUCUUGAUGAUGAAAUGACUGGACAUGUAGGCGAUUUCGGGCUUGUCAGGUUCAUUCCAGAAGCAACGCAUAAGUUACUAGCCGAUCAAUCGAGCUCUAUCGAGGUAAAAGGAUCUUUUGGCUACGUAGCUCCAGGUAACUAUGCAACAGUUAGGUCUUGCAAUUUAUUUUUUUUAUAUCGAACACAAUACGGCUCGGGAAGUGCAGUAUCCACACAAGGAGAUGUGUACAGCUUCGGAAUCCUUGUUUUGGAGAUGUUCACAGGCAAGAGGCCGAUCGAUGACAUGUUUGAAAAUGGGCUGGACCUUCAUCGGUUUGCAAAGGCAGCUUUGGCAAACCAAGUGGAAAAGGUAAUCGAUCCUAUUCUGCUUCAGGAAAUCGAGGAGUUGGAGGACAAACAGACAGUCGCUCCGGAGGGCAAGAACAAAAGCUGGUGUAGUAUUCCGGAGUGUUUGGUUUCGAUCAUCGAAAUAGGAGUCGCUUGCUCUUCUGAGUCUCCCAAGGAACGAAUGGACAUUGGCGAAGCAUUGACUAAAUUCCAAAAAAUCAGGAAAAAACUUCUUGAGUUCGUCGUCAUUGCCUAG